GGUAGCAGAAAGAGAGAGAGAGAGAGAGAGAGAGGGGAUGUUGCGUUUUGCGCUCACAACACAAGCCUGCGCAGUGUUCUUCUCCCCCAUCUCGUUUCUUGGGCCAUAGCCAUCACCAAUACCAAUGAACGUGUCCUCUUUUCCUGUUUUACCCUUUCCGACCCUCUUAUAGUAUAUUUUUAUUUUUACACUGAAAAUGAAAUGAAAACGGGUUUUCUCCCUCCCCCGACUUGUUCGCUUUUUUCACUUUAACUACAUAUUCACGCACAUAUAUAUUCCCACUUCGUAUUUUCGUUUCUGCUCAUUCUGCUCCCUCCCUCGUCUCAUCGCAACGCAACGAUAUGCUUCUUCUUCCAUCAACACCCUUCUAACUGAUUCUGAUCAUCAACACAACCCAACCCAUUUCAUGAUCUGGGUGGCUUCGUCUGGAGAGAGAGAGAGAAAUUGGAUUUUGACACAUUCCCAGGUCUUAAAAUGCUGCUUCUUUGAGAGGGGUUUCAUGGGUUGAACUCGGAGAAUCAUGGGUAGCUUCAGCGAAGACGAGGAAUGUCGGUUUUUCGAUGCUCAAGAGGAUGUUGUUGUGUCCAUUGCAGAUGAUGAAGGGGUAUCCAAUGGUUUUGAUUAUGAAAUGUGGAUUCGGAGUCCAAGGAGUGUGAGUGAGCGUAGGGGCACGUUUAUGAAGAGGAUGGGACUGAGUAGUGUGGAUUUGGUUGCCCUUGAGAAUGAAAACUCAGUAGAUGUGUGUAGUGUUGAGUGUAAAGAGGAAGUGAUGGAUAGAGUAAAUGUUAACAGUGGCGCUGUGACCCGAAAUUGUGUUAUGGAAGAGGAAUUCUGUUCAAGCAGGACAUCAAUGUCUUGUUGGUCUAGGGAGAAUUCUUCAGGGGGGUUUGGUAUAGUGGAUAACUCGCCGUGUCAAGAUGGAAAUUUGGAUCAGGAGGGGCUGCAGUGUAGGGAGAUGAGUGAGGGAAGAGAUCUGGAUUCAGAUCGGUCAGUGGUUGCAGAGGAACAUAAGGAAUCGGAGAAUGCCUUUAGGGAAACGGAUGCUAAUGUUUCUGUUGGGAAGAUGAACAAGUAUAAAAAGGGUUGGCUCAGAAGAUUGCGGUCGAUAACGUGCAUGCUUAAUAGGCAAGAUGAAGGUGAUAAUGGGAGAGAAGAAGGUCUUGGUGAAAUGUCAGGAACUUGUAGGCUUCAGAAAGUUAAGGUCCGUCAGUCCAAGAAGCAAAUGAAGGAACUUUCGGCUCUUUACAUUAGGCAAGAUUUCCAAGCACAUGAAGGUUCGAUUUUGACCAUGAAGUUCAGUCCUGAUGGGCAGUAUCUUGCUAGUGGUGGUGAAGACGGGGUUGUGCGCUUAUGGCAAGUGGUUGAGGAGGAUAGGUGUAAUGAAGUUGACAUUCCAGAAAUUGAUCCAUCCUGCAUUUAUUUUACUGUAAAUAAUCUCUCUGAAUUGACACCACUGUUUAUGGAUAAAGAAAAAAUAAGCAAACUGAAGAGCCUGAAAAAAACAUCAGAUUCAGCUUGCAUUGUUUUUCCUCCUAAGAUCUUUCGGUUGUUGGAGAAACCAUUGCAUGAGUUUCGGGGGCACAGAGGUGAAGUUUUGGAUCUCUCUUGGUCAAACAAUAAUUAUCUUCUGUCAUCUUCAGUUGACAAAACUGUCCGUCUAUGGCAAGUGAAUCAUGACCAUUGCUUGAAAGUUUUCUCACACAGUAAUUAUGUGACGUGCAUACAAUUCAAUCCUGUGGAUGAUAAUUAUUUCAUUAGUGGAUCUAUAGAUGGGAAAGUGCGCAUCUGGGCAAUUCCUGAUUGUCAUGUUGUUGAUUGGAUUGAUAUCAAAGAUAUAGUGACGGCAGUAUGCUAUCGGCCUGAUGGGCAGGGAGGGAUCAUUGGCUCCUUGACUGGCAAUUGUCGAUUUUAUAAUGUAUCAGAGAAUCUCUUGCAAUUGGAUUCCCAACUAUGCUUAAUUGGUAAAAAGAAACUUCCUGGCAGAGGGAUAACUGGGUUUCAGUUUCUUCCACAAGAUUCUAACAAAGUUAUGGUCUCCUGUGCUGAUUCACAAGUCAGAAUCCUUGACGGGCUUAAUGUGAUUGGCAAGUACAAAAGCCUUAGCACGGGGAGCCCAAUGUGUGCAUCAAUGACUUCUGAUGGGAAACAUAUUCUAUCAGCAUGUGAGGACUCUAAUGUAUAUCUAUGGAAUGUUAGUCAAGAAGAGUCUAAUCCCUUAAAAGCUAAGAAGAUUACGUCUUGUGAGCGGUUUUUCUCAAAUGCAUCCGUAGCAGUACCUUGGCAUGGUUUGAAAUCUCAAAAUAUUGAAAUCGAACAUCAACUGGAUGCCUUGGAUAAAACAUCAUCUCAAGUUAUACAACUCAGUCCACCUGCUUCGUUCUCUCUGAGUCAAGAGUUCUUCUUGGAGUCUUUUCCAAAGGGAUCUGCAACUUGGCCAGAGGAGAAGCUUCCUGUUUCAAGCCCCAAGGCUAAAGCAUCAGUGAUGCGUAAAUCCGAAUACAAGUUCUUGAAAUCUUCUUGCAAGAGUACCUCCUCUGCUCAUGCGUGGGGUAUGGUCAUUGUCACUGCUGGCUGGGAUGGUAGGAUAAAAUCAUUCCACAAUUAUGGGCUACCUAUACCGGCUUGAAAUGAAGCGACUUUUCCUACACUGGAGAGUAGAAUCAGGAUUCAUUGCUUUUACUGGACACAUUGUCCUUGGAAAAAUUACAUGCUGCAAAUGUUCAGUGAUUUAAGAGCGACUUUAAAAUUUGGCAGCAUCGGUAACAAAAAUCCCGGUUGAGGUAAAGAUCUCAAGCAGGAGUCGCAGUUUAGAUGCGUCCUGAACACUGGCUUUUUGGAGGGUCCCCUUUCAGAUAUCAGGGAAUUUAUAGUGCUAAUCGGUUAAUGACAAGUGGUGGCACUAUCAUGGUUCUAAUGUAACCCUGCUGGAAAUUAGCAAGUGGCCAAGGUUUUAGCUUGUCUUGGCACCCAGUCUAAAUUGCCUUUAGCUACACAAGAAUCUGCUGGCCCCUAAAAGAGAUGCAAAGUCAUGUGUUAGGAACUUGGGAGAGGGGCCUAUGAGAUAUUAUUUUGAUAUGUUGUGGGUCUAUUAUUUUGCCAAAAGAUGAAAGGAGGAGAUUCAAGAGCUAGUGGCUCAAGUUCUCACACUAUGAUGAAAAUGCUGGGAGGGUGAUGAUGAUUUUAACUAAAUGAAUCUCUUUGUCUGCCAAUCUUCCCGUCCAACUCAUGGUAGGGCCUUCUUGUGCCUGAGGUUAAUACUUGCAAAGUGUGGUGAGGAUGUUUGUGGCGGUCAUUUCUGUUUUUUAGAAUAGGUGCCUUUUAGCUGCCUGUUGCUCCAAUCAUACAAACAGUACGAACAACAAAUCCGGUUGCUUUCUGUUUAGUGGCUUCCAGUCUACUUGACUGUCACAGUCUAUGGCAACUGAUGAUGCAGUGCUGCUGACAAUUAUUAUUACUAACAAACAUUCUGAGUAUGGUCUCAAUUUUAGGCUGACACCACUUUUUUUCCUUCUUUCUUUCCUUUUAUUUGAGUUAUUAUUACAAGUAUCUUAUCUUUUUCUAUUUUGACACAACAAUACUAUCUCCAUUUUGUUGUUGGCAGAUAUGUAAAUUUGUAAACUUGUGUAAGUAAAAUUUUGUUGGCUUAGCCCAAUGGUUGGUGGAAAUACAAAAUUAAACAUGAGUUCUUUGCA